AUGGAACGUAUACGGCGGUCAAUACGUGAAUCUUUUCGAAGGCGACCAAAAGAACGCAAUCAUCGCACAGGUUCAUUGGUAGAAUCUUCCAGCUUGGCUCAACCUGGCAGUUCAGGUGUCAGCGGUUCAGGUGCGAAAGCUGAGCUUUGGCUCCCCGAUGAAGCUGCAGUUCGGGAAGGAACGUGUAGCUUCAACGUUAAAUAUCUGGGUGGUAUUGAAGUAUUCGAAUCUCGAGGAAUGCAGGUAUGCGAAGGGGCUCUAAAAAGAUUACGAGCUUCAAGACGGCAUCCUGUGAAAGCUGUUUUACAUGUUUCUGGCGAUGGUUUACGCGUUGUUGAUCAAGAGAACAAUCGAGGGCUCAUUGUAGACCAAACCAUUGAAAAGGUUUCUUUUUGUGCUCCAGAUAGAAAUCAUGAUAAAGGAUUUGCUUAUAUAUGUCGUGAUGGCAGUUCAAGAAGAUGGAUGUGCCAUGGUUUUUUGGCUACUAAAGAAUCGGUGAGUUUUUUAUCUAUCGUUGCAACUAUCGAAGGUGAGCGUCUGAGUCAUGCCGUGGGUUGUGCUUUUGCCAUAUGCUUGGAAAAGAAGAAGAAACGCGACGAAGAAGCAACCUUAGCUGCACAGGAAGCUGCAGAUUUGUUUCCACCAUCAAGUGGAAGUCGUGCCUCAACUUCACUUGGUUUUACGCUGAAAGCGAUUCCAGCAUGUGCAUCGUCACCAAAAUAUGAUUCUUCAUUCGCAGAAUUACCAGAGCAUGGUGGAAAUUUUGAAAGACGUAAUCAAGGAUACAGUUCAUUUCGAAGGCAACUUUCUAUCACCGAUAGAUUGCGAGAUCCGCAGACAGCGAUACUUCAAGAACGACCUCCAGCUUCUGUAGUCGCUUCAACUCUGCAUAUAACGCCAAAACCUAGACCAGCCGCAAAUCCACUUCUGUUCGAGAGGCAGCAUAAUCAGAGUCAGUUUGUUAAUAAUUAUAAGGGAUCUAAUGAACCCAUUCCUGAAAUGGAUGAAGAUGGCACUUAUACGGAAAAGGCGGUAAUGGUUCGGUUCCCGACCAGUAUGGCGUCGAAGUUCGAAUCAAAUGAUACUCUCAGAAUGCGGUAG